AGAGACAGAGAAAGAGAGAAGAAAGAGCACUGACUGACUAUAUUUUCGCUGGAAAAGCAGUCUCCUCUCAAGGAAACUUACAGCCACCAAGAAUCAAGCACAAGCUGGAACUGGACCAGCUAAGCUGUUGACCUUCAAUGCCUGAUUCCCAUUCUUCUAGAAGUUCUUAUAGAUAAGAAGCCUCAAGUUCCCUCAGAAAAGCCACUGUCACCAGGCCAAGUCAGUGCUACUACCAUGUCCCCCUCACUGGAUUUCACCAUCAUGGGGAAAAGACCACCUAUCCAGCACUGAGCAGAUGUCCCACCUCAACUGCCUGGAUGAAAUUACCCCAAGGCCGCUGUCUUACACCUGCUACAAGAAUAAACUAACUCCCUCCUCGUGGCUCCAGCAACACCUGGCCAUAGCUGGGCUGUACCUGACUCUGCCUGAUUCCACAGCAAUGGCUGAACCAUAACUUCGCCUUCAACACCACAGGCAUCAGGAAGCCACCCCAACCUUGCCCUUACACCAUAGGCAUGAUACAAAUGACAGGAUAACCUCUGUGGCCUUGCAACCAGUGAGCCAACGUCAUGUUCCUCCACUCAGCCCCAAACACCAGCCUCAGUCAUUGGUAGAGCCAAACUCCUACCAGGCAUAAAUGCCUUCCGGUCCUGACCACCUUCCCAAGAUUUUCCCAAAAAAUGACCACUCAGUGACCAAGGCUCUGACACACUCCAACCAACAGCCCCUAUCUUCAUCAAUUGCUGACCACCAGGCUGGUCUUCCCCAGUUCCUGAAUCAGAGAACAAUGUAUUGUAGCUAGACCCAGAAUACGCCCUGACUACCAGGCCAAGGACCCGCCACCUAUGCAAAGGAGCCAUGGUAGCCAAGUUCAAACUCCACCAAGGCCCUGGAGCCAGGCCAGGGUGGCAACUGCUGCUGCAGUAAAAUUUUUCCACCCGAAACACCAGACUAUGGUUCACUGCCAACACCUUGUUUUGAAUGCUGAUACAUCAGAGUACAUCAGUGAAAACAUUGGACCUGGACCACUGGGUCCAGAGAAAAACUUCCAAGGUGUCCUAUCCUGGUCUCCAUCUCGAGGAAACAAUAUCAUUGUUACGAUGUAUUGAUCACCACUCCCAGAUCCUGGCUAGAUAUCCAACAUCUCUGAGUCAGACGACUAGGAGGCCUCAUAACCGCCCAAAAUGGGUCAAAGACACACUUUUACCAUCACUAGGUCCAAACCACCAGUCUGGGCUAAGACCUUCCCCAUGGAGCAGUGGAAUACCUGGUCACUGGAGAAAGGCCAUGUCAGUACCCUUCUCAUUACAUCAGCAUAUACCUGAUGUUCUACCUCAACCUCACCAUGGUGACCAAGUCAAAGAUGUAUCAGCACAACUAGACCAACAGGAAACAGUGCCACCUAAAGCAGAUGUAGCCACAGCUCUAAAUGGUCAUAUUCACUGGACAAAACCUCUAAGCAACAUAGAACACCAAGAGACAAUUCCACUUGGUCCUCAUCAUCAAGCUACGUCUUCUCACAGCCAUGACCACCAAGCUGAGGGUACACCAGAUCCAAAUACCCAGAUUGUACUCAAAAAAGAUCAAGACAAGUGGAAGGUGACAAAUCCCAUAAUCCAGGAAUACCAGGCAAGGCUUCCACAGGGCUUACUAGACCUUCAGGAUACAACUUUACUUAGUUCCAAAAACCAGACCAUACCUCUAACCAUCAGUGACCACCAGGCUGGCGAUAUGCCAAAUUCUAGUGUCCCAGUCAAACUCCACGAGGAAGCAGUCAACUGGGAAAUAGGACCAAUUGGACAAGAUCAACAGACCACAACUCCAACAAGCCAGGGCAAUUGGAUGGCCCUUCUUCCACCAGACAUACUACACCUCAACAUGAUUCUACCUAGUGGCUCUGACCACCAGGUCAUAUCCUCUCCCAAUCCUGACUUCCAGGCUGAGGAUAUAUCAGGCAAAAAUACCCAGAGCAUCUGUCCAAUUGCAGAAGAUCACUGAGAAACAAGGCUAACAGAAAGAGACCUCCAGACCAUAGUUAUCAUAGAUCAGGGUCAUAAGGUCAUUUCUUCACUGGGAAAAGUCUAUCAGGACACAGAUCUCCCUGACUCUGACAACCCAGAUGCACCUCCACCCAGCUAUGACUACCAGAGUCAGAAUGCACCAGAACUCUUUGACCCAGUCAUAUACCAACAAAAACUAGAACCCUGGGAAAUAAUAUCAUCAGAGCUAGACCACCACAUGACAGCUACUAUAAACCAGGAUCACUGGGGAGCACUCCCAGUGGACAAGGAACAUCAAGACACAGCUCUCCCUGACCCUGAUGAUCAGGAUACAUCCCCAUCAGCUUGUGACUACCAGGAUCAGGAUGAACCACAUUCCCAUAACUCAAUCAUAGUCCAACAAAAACAGGAACCCUGGGAAAUAUUACCAGAACCAGGCUAUCAGGUAACAACUCCCACAGGCCAGGGUCAGGGGGCAAAACCUCCACUGGGCAUAAUAGACCCUGAUGAUGUAACUAUCAGGUCACAAAUACCAGGCUGCACAUCCACCUACCCCUGACCAACAACUAGAUAUGUCAGAGGGGAUGUUAGCCUGGAAUGGCCAAGUCCCACUCCAACAAGAGCAAGGUCAAUGGGAAGCCGUACCACUGACACAGAACCCCCAGGUCAUGACUCCGGGCCAGGUUCCCCAGACAGCACUCCCACUGAAGCUGGAACAGCAGGAUACAACUCCAUCUGGCCCUGAUCCCAGGGCCGUGUCUUCACCCAGUCAUGACAACCAAGCCAUAAAUGUAAUACACUCCAUGGCCCAACCCACACUCUAACCAGAACAAGGACAUGGAGAAACAACAUCACCAGGAGUAGAAAAUGGGGAAAUAGCUCCUGGGAUCAUCAGGAAAUGGUUCCUCUACUGGGUAUAGAAUACCACAAUACCAUAAUAUCUGGUCCUGACCACUGGACAACACUUCCACCCAGCCCUAGCCACCAGAAUGUGGAUUUAUCAGAUUCCAGUGCCCAGGUUACAUUCCAACAAAAACAAGAUAAUUGGGAAGCAAUCCCACCAGGACUAGACUACUGGGAGGACGUACCUCCAAAGAGCCCCGACUCUGAGGCUGAGGACAAACAGGAUCCUACUAAUAUCCAGUUCACACUUCAAAGAGAACAAGAUCACUGGGAAACAGUGCAGCAUAGGGAAGACUACCCUUGCAUAACUUCACCAGGACCUGAAGAUCAGACUUUGACUCCACUAUCCCCUGAUCACCAAAAUGAGGAAAGACCAGACUGCAAUGCCCAGACUAUAAUUUCCCUCCAGAUAGGACAGCAUGACUGAGAAACAAUGCCAGACAGGGCACACCAACCAGCCAUUAUAAUUCUCCCACCCCAGGAACAUGUGAAAUACAACCACUGAACUUAGACCACAAGGACACUGUCUCUAUGUCCUCCCAGCCCUGAAGACCUGACCUCUUCUCCAUUGACUAUUGACUACAAGACUAAUAGCACUCUGGAUACCAAUGCCCAGAUAACAGUUCAACUAUACCUAGUCUCCCAGGAAAGAUGGCAUUAGAAACAGUCUGCCAGCCUGAAAUUUCAAUGACAACAGAUCAUGGAGCAACAGCUGCACCAGGCAUGAACCCUAAGGACACAUCUUUCCCUGGACCCCCAAACCAGGCUAUGUCUUUACUUAGCUCUGACCAACAGAGUAAAGAGAAACCAGAUCUAAAUGACCAAGUCACACUUCAAUCAGAACAAGAUCCCUGGAGAGUGAUGCUACCCAGAACAGACCACCAGAUGACAACUUUCAGAGGCCAGGUUUCUGAAACAACACUCUCACUGGGCUUAUACUGCCAUGAAAGAACUCUUCUGAACUUGAGCAGACCACAGCUCUGCCAUGCCCUCACCACCAGGCCAAAGACAAUAUUCCAGAUACCAGUGCUCAGGACUCAGUUCAAACAGAACCAGACCACUGGGAAACCAUGCCACCAGAGAGAGACUUUUGGGCUAUCUUUGUGCCCCAAGACUCUCAGGCAAUCACUUCCACAGGCCAGGAUCAUCAAGCCACUCUUCCUCCAGACUUAGGCCCCCAAACUCCAUUUGAACCUGAGGCUCAGAGCACAACCCUAAGUCCUUCCCACCAGGUUAAGGAUGUGCCAGACUACAAUGCCAAGCUGUCAUUUCUAACAGAACAAGGACCCUGGCAAAUAAUGCCAGUGCUGGGAACAGAUCAACAGGCCACAACUCUCACAGGCCAUGUUGAGAAGGCUAUACCUCUAUCAGAGUUAGAGAACCAGGACACAACUUCACCUGGCUCUAAGCCCAUGGCCACACUUCCACCCAACCCUGAUCAUUCCUCCACUGAACAUUGACCAUAAGGCCAGGGACAUUCCAGACACCAAUACCCAGGCCUCAGUUCAACCAGAACUAGACCACUGGGAAACUAGACCACUAAACAUAGACCAGCAGGUCUCAAUAACCAGGUCAAGAUCAUAAGGCAAGACCUCAAAUGGGGCAUUGACCCUGAGGACACAAGUUUCCCUGGCCCCAACUGUUGGGUAACACUAUUCACCCCUAGCCUCCAGUCAGAAGCUGCUCCAGAACCCCAAACUCAGAUAACAUCUCCAUCAAAUGUACCUCACUUAGUGAAAAUGUCAAUGAGAUCAUACUGUCAAGUCACAUUUCCAUACUUUCAUACUUCCAUACUUCUUGAUCCUCUAUUCAUUCCUGAAUACCAACCUGAGACUAAAUCAGGUUCUUCCACCAACUUUCUGGAAAUAGCUCCCAUAAAUCUGAUGAAUAAUCAGGAAACCAACUCACCAACUGCAAAAUAUAGGACUAUACUUGGACUUCCAUCGGGUCCUAGGUAUAAGACUCAAAUUCUAACAGGUCGUAAUGACCACAAGUCUGGGGCUGGACUGACCCUGGAGAUGAAGUUGAAUCUGAACUCCUAUACCAUGCCCAGCCUGAGCAGAAUAGGCGAGUUCCAAAACUUUUAAAUUAUAUCAAACUAUGCAUCAUUGAAGUGGGAGAAAGCAUCCCUACUAUAACUGUUCAUGCCAUCAUCAAUUUCAUCCCUCAGCAUACAAUCAAAAAUGACAUCUGUAAGCAGAUUAUCCUUCAUGGAAUAAAGGAAUUCUUCACUCAACAUCCUGGUGGAAAGAUCUUGUGUAAAUAUAUGGUCUGUCUAGCCUGUGUCUCUUGGAUCCCAAAUGGCUGUCCUCUUGUUCAUGGAAUAAUUAAAUACCCAUGUGGGGCACAGUUGGUGGCCACACCAAUAAUGGUAUCCAGUUCCGAGAAAGACAUGGCUGUGAAGUUUGUCCUCAAAUGUCCCCAGACAUUGACAUACUCCCUUUCUGACCCCCCAAACGCUUUUUUAUACAGGUCUUCACACCGUCACCCACCAACACUUUCAGUAUCUUCCCAUACAUCUCCUGUGCCUCCUCAGCCUAAAAAGUCAAAAAGGGUUGGUGAUUUUUUUCCAGCCUCAGGAAAGAGCCAAUAAAACUGGAUGCCAACAGUCACUCAAGAAGAGUAACAGAAACAGAGAGGAGGAGGAACCAAGAAGAGGACCCUGGAAAUUUUUCAGAUUUCUGCUAGAGGAACUUCAAAAGAGACAAAGGAGAAAUUAAGUGACUGUAUUUUUUUAAAGGAACAGAUCCUUUUAUGUGACUUCAAAACUUGAGUCUUAUUUUGUACCUUAUUUUUUAAUUUUAUGUAGAGAGAUAGAGGCACAUAGGGAGUAGACAAAUCUGGAUUUUUUUCUUUUUUAAUAGAUUUUUAUUGAGAUUUUUUUUUGGGGGGGAGGGGCAUCUGGCUCAUCCCUGCCCACCUAGAUACUCAAUAGUCCUUUCACUGUGGCUCUCCACCCAGCCCAGACCACUUAACUUCUUUCACUGUCUUGCAACUGGGCUAUCCCAGGCUAUUUACCAUUGCUUAAUCCUACCCAAAUCUUUUCACAGUCUUUUUUUCAUAUAUGAGUAUUAGUCUUACCCCCCCAUGAAGUUGCAGAUUCACUCAGAAUCUAGCUCC